UCAAUUCAAUUCUUCACUUUCUCUCUUACUCUUUCUUACUCUUCUCUCUCCUCUUUCUUUUUCUCUUUCUUUUCUACUCGCUUUUCUCUUUUCUUUCUUUUCUUUCUUUUCUUCCCUCUUUCGUCUUCUUCUCUCUUUUCUUUGUUCUGUUUCAGUUGAGUUAACUCUCUUCCCUCUCUUUUGAUUAUUUUUCUUUGUCUCACCUUCAAUAGAUGGAAAAUUAACAAUCAAAGCAACCAACGUGCUUCGCUUGUUAAUAACAAGUGGUUAACCAGUAUUAAUUUAAUUUCUUUCGGUUUUUUUGUGACAUUGGUGUUGACCACAUUUCUUCCCGGCCUCUGGUCCAUGCCCUUUUGGUGCAACCAUUUUUAUUUUUAACCAUCUACUUAAACAUUGUGAUUAUUUUGUUGCCAUUUCAUCUCAUUUUUUUAGGAUUACCAUCAAAACAAUCAUCAGGAGAUUACCAUGUCUAAAGCACAUUCAUCCAAUUAUGAUUUGAAUGACAGUCAACCCAGUAAACCAUCAAUAGAAAGAGGCGCGAGUUGGUCUCUUCAUGAAACUCGUAUUUUGUUGUCAUUAUGGGGACAAGAUAUGGUACAAAGACAAUUCACCAAUUCCAAAAGAACCCGCCAAGUGUGGGAGAAAAUUGCUGAACGAAUAAGAGAUCAUGGUUGGGAACGAACUCCAGAUCAAGUUAGAAUUAAGGUGUUUAAUAUGAUUGCCGAAUACCGCCGAAUACUCAAAAAUCCAACUCCAGAGCGUAAAAAGAAGUGUGUUUUUUUCGAUGCUCUUGACAAAAUUUACCAAGCCAAAGACACAGAAGAUGUGAAAGCAGCAUUAAAUGAUUAUGAAGAAGAAUAUCACUUCGAUCCAUCUGAUUCCAAUAUGGCGGAUGAAACUAAUGACAGUGGAAUGGGAGCCAAUGGGGAUGGUGAAAAUAGUGGUACUGACAAUGAAGAAGUUUUCUCGUAUGCAAUGUCUCCCUCACAAACUUUGAAUGGAAAUGAAGGAGCUUAUGGGCAGGUUGAUGGUGAUCAAUAUGAAACUGAUGAUAUGGGACAACCAGCUCUUAGAUCUCGAUCAGGAUCUAAUGCUACAUACAGUGGAUAUCAAGCUCAGGAUUAUAGCUCAGAAUACGAUUCAUCACAAGCAGUUAUUCUCAUCGACCGCAUGUUUGUGCAUUUAACCAAAGAGAUGGAUAUCAUGAGGGACUGGAUUAGAUUAGAAAAAGAACGUUUCCAUCAAGAAGCAGCUCGUCGCAAAGAAGAUAACGAACGUCAAGAACGUCGCGAAAAGGCUUUUCUCAAUGCACUGGUUUCGAUGCAAGAUCAAACUUAUCGCUUUUUAGCAGGUUCAUCAUCAACCUUUCCAAUUCCCCCGGGCAGCUUUGACGUGAGCCCGAUGGAUACACAAUCUACCUUCGAACUUUCGUGAUUCGUCUUACAUUUAUUGACUUUGUUCUUUGUUGAAAGAACUUUUUUAACCACACCAGGGAAGUUUAAUCUCAUUAUAUCAAUUGCCCUGAAAAGGAUCCAUGGAAGGUAGAAAUCUCAUCCUAACAAUUUAUUCGGGGAUGAUCAUUGGUCACAUCGGCGAUCGCCAUUCCCAACCACUUUUUGCUCUCUUUUUUUCUCUCAAUCUUUCAUAUUCAUUUCUUUUUCAUCUUCCUUUUUAUUUAUACAUUGCAUGUUUUCUCCUUUUUAUCAUCCAUUUCUUAUCUAAAUUUCUUCGUCACUUCAUUUUCGACUGUAGAGAUCUGAUUUUGCCCUGGACAUACUUUUCCAUUUAGUUAAUGACAAAUUCCAUCAAAAUAUUCAUUUCAAUAUGUUUAAAACGGAAUGUUAGGUAAACUCAUCUUAAAAUAAAUAACGAAAAUGAAACAUAAAAACAA